UGAAAACUAUUAAUCAUCAUCAUCAUUUUCUCAUCAAAAAUCAAAUUAACUUGUAGUGAUUUCUUGGUUUUAUUUUUGAGAUCUUAAGAGAUCAGAAGUCAUCUUAUUAUUUUUUUUUUUGUUUCAAUUUUUCCACAUUUCAAAAAAAAAUAUAUCCGAAUGUUAAAUAAUCAACAUCUAGUUGGUUUAACCACAUUAUCACCAACAACAACAACAACAAUAUCACCACCAUUAUUAACAAUGACUAUGAAUACAACAAAUUUAUUGAAUAAUAAAAUGAAUGAUCAUCAUCAUCAUCAUGUUAAACGGCCAAUGAAUGCAUUUAUGGUAUGGUCACGUGGUCAACGACGUAAAAUGGCACAAGAACAUCCAAAAAUGCAUAAUUCCGAAAUAAGUAAACGUCUUGGUGCCGAUUGGAAACAAUUGUCUGAAACUGAAAAAAGGCCAUUCAUUGAUGAAGCGAAACGUCUACGAGCAUUACAUAUGAAAGAACAUCCUGAUUAUAAAUAUAGACCAAGACGUAAACCUAAACCAUCAUCAUCAACAACAACAACAACAAAUCAAUCAACAACAACAAAUAAUUCAACAACAACAACAAAUUUGAAAAAAGAUUUAAUUAAUCAGCAACAAUUAAUAUCACCAAAUUCAUUAUAUACACAUCAACAACAACAACAACAACAUCCGACAACAACAACAACAAUAAAUAAUCAUUCAUCAUAUAAUUUAUCAGCAUUUGAUCCAUUACGUGGUUUAACAACAGCAAAUGUAUUUACAAAUGGUCAUCAUCUUAAUCAUCAUGGACAUCAUAAUCCGCAUCACCAUCAUGGUCAGCAACAACAACAACAAAUUCAUAAUGCCCAUUUACAACAAAAUGGUUAUUUAAUUAAUGAUGAUCAUCCUCAUCUUCAUCAACAACAACAAGGCCAGGGAAGCAAUGAAUCGGAAAAAGCAGCUACAGCACGAACAUUUCCACUUGGUGUAUCAUCAUCAUCAUCAAUGUAUCAGGCACCAAUGAAUCAAAUGGCAAUGGCUGCAGCAGCAGCCGCUGCUGCUGCUGCUGCUGCUUCAUCAAAUAAAUUACCAUCAUUAAGUCCUGGAUUAAAACAAAAUCAAUCUACAAAUACAGCAAAUACAAAUAAUAAUGAUAUAUUUAAUAAUUUUUUUAAUAAUCAUCCAGCAUCAUCAUUUUAUAAUACAAAUUCAUUAUUAACAACAUUAUCGAAUGCUGCACAUGCAAAUUCAAAUUCAAAUAAUAAUCCAUAUAAUCAAAUGGUUACUAAUUAUGGUCUGACAAAUCCAUCAUCAUGUAUUACAACAUCAUCAUCAGCAACCGCAUCACCAUAUUCAACAUUAGCACAAACAAUGCAAACAUCGGCCGCAGCGGCUGCUGCAGCCGCUGCAGCAGCAUCAUUUAAUGAUUUUCGUAAUAAUCCAUUUGCAGCAGCAUAUCUGAUGAUGAAACCAGAAGAUCGUUUAUCAUCAUUAGCUAAAUUAUCACCACCAUCACAGUUAGUUUAACCUAACUGUGAUUAUCAUCCAUCAAUAUUCUUUCUCUCUCACCCUCUAUAUAAUUAUCUCUUCUUUUUUUUCUUUUAAAAAACCAUCAUCAUUCAAACACCAACCAACCAAACAUUAAUGACAAUUUUUAUUUGUUUU